UGACGCCGCGGGUUGCCGGGGUCUCCCUGAGCGGCUUUCCGGCCGCGUCCCUCUGGAUCUUCUGAGCGCCCCUCGCCGCCAGCCUCCGGUGGAAAAUGUGCGAUUACUUGAUCGCUUAUCUUCAAGAAAAGCUGCAGUGGGAACCCUGUACUUAACAGCUACUCACGUCAUAUUUGUGGAAAAUGGUUCUGAAACUCGUAAAGAAACCUGGGUUCUCCACAGCCAAAUUUCCUCUAUUGAGAAGCAGGCCACAACUGCCACAGGUUGCCCAUUGCUGAUCCGCUGCAAGAACUUCCAGGUUAUCCAGCUGGUCAUCCCUCAGGAGCGAGACUGCCACGAUGUCUAUAUCUCUCUAAUACGUCUGGCACGGCCAGUGAAAUAUGAAGAGUUGUAUUGCUUCUCAUUCAAUCCAAAAUUAGAUAAAGAAGAACGAGAGAAAGGCUGGAAGCUUGUGGACCUCAAUGAAGAAUAUAACCGGAUGGGCAUUCCAAACAGCUACUGGCAGAUUAGUGAUGUAAACAGAGACUAUGGAGUCUGUGACUCGUAUCCUACAGAAGUGUAUGUACCAAAGUCUGCAACUGCACACAUCAUAGUGGGGAGCUCUAAAUUUCGGAGCCGAAGGCGUUUUCCAGCUCUUUCCUACUACUGCAAGGAUAAUAAUGCCUCGAUAUGUAGGAGCAGCCAGCCUUUAUCUGGCUUUAGUGCAAGAUGCCUUGAAGAUGAACAGAUGCUUCAGGCCAUCAGAAAAGCAAACCCAGGAAGUGAUUUUAUAUAUGUUGUUGACACUCGGCCUAAACUCAAUGCAAUGGCAAACCGAGCAGCAGGGAAGGGAUAUGAAAAUGAAGACAACUACUCCAACAUCAAGUUUCAAUUCAUAGGCAUUGAGAACAUCCAUGUCAUGAGAAAUAGCCUGCAGAAAAUGCUUGAAGUUUGUGAAAUGAAAUCGCCUUCAAUGAGUGACUUCCUGUGGGGCCUUGAAAAUUCUGGCUGGCUGAAGCAUAUCAAAGCCAUUAUGGAUGCUGGCAUCUUUAUUGCAAAGGCUGUGGCUGAGGAAGGUGUAAGUGUGCUUGUUCACUGCUCUGAUGGCUGGGAUAGAACAGCCCAGGUUUGCUCUGUAGCAAGCCUUUUCUUGGAUCCGCAUUACAGAACUAUGAAGGGAUUCAUGGUUUUAAUUGAAAAAGACUGGGUUUCCUUUGGUCACAAAUUUAAUCACAGGUAUGGCAAUUUAGAUGGAGAUCCAAAGGAGAUAUCCCCUGUUAUUGACCAGUUCAUUGAGUGUGUCUGGCAGCUAAUGGAACAGUUUCCUUGUGCCUUUGAGUUCAAUGAGAGAUUCCUGAUCCACAUACAACACCACAUCUAUUCCUGCCAGUUUGGUAAUUUCCUGUGUAACAGCCAGAAGGAGAGACGAGAGCUGAAAAUCCAAGAACGAACAUAUUCACUGUGGGCUCACUUGUGGAAAAAUCGUGCAGAUUACCUGAAUCCUUUGUACAGACCAGACCACAGUCAAACCUGGGGGACCCUGCACCCACAGAUGGCUCCCUGCAACUUCUUGUACAAAUUCUGGAGUGGUAUGUACAACCGCUUUGAAAAGGGGCUGCAUCCUCGACAGUCAGUCAUUGAUUAUCUGAUGGCAGUGAAGGAGGAGACUCAACAGCUGGAAGAAGAACUGGCAGUCUUGGGAGAGAGAUUGGCAAAUCUUCAAAAACUGCAAUUAAGUGGAAAUAAAGUCAAGAGUAAGCAGCAAGACCGAAGCAAAGAGUUAGUGCUUUCUGCUUCCAACAACAGCUUAGCUAACACUCCCCAAGAGUACAGCAAUGAUCUGAAAUCAUUCCCAUCCCGGAGCCCUUCACAAGGGGAUGAAGAAGAUUCAGCCUUGAUUUUGACACAGGACAACCUGAAAAGCUCUGAUCCUGACCUCUCAGCUAACAGUGACCAAGAGUCUGGUGUGGAGGACUUAAGCUGUAGGUCCCCAAGUGCAGGUGGCUGUUUGCCUAGCGAAGACAGUGGCAAGGAUUCAGAUGAAGCUGUAUGCCUGGCAGUCUGAAAUGCCUUCACAGCAGCAAGGAUCAAGAUGCAGCUGAGUCCUUCAUGGUCUGGAGCGACAACUUUUAAUCAGAUGAAGAAUGGGAAUUGUCUGUGGCCUGAAGAAGUAAUCCAAAGAAAGGGAACUGUGCAAUUAUGUAAGUAAAGAUUUAGCAGAACAAGCCAUUAUUAAAGACAUAAUGCUAA